GACGACUUUUUCGUGCUGGCGCGCAAGGAGUGCGUGCUGUUCGGGGUGCUGGACGGCCACGGGGCGGAGGGGCACGAACUGGCGCACUUCGCCCAGGAGCGCCUGCCUGCCCUGAUCAUGGAGCGCCUCAGGGAGGACAAGGAGGCUUGGGAGGAUGCCGUCAGCAAGUCCGUCAAGGACCUCGUUGUGCAGUCGAGGACGUGCUUCGAGAAGGAGGCGGAGUAUUCUGGAACCACCUUCACGAUCGCGAUGCUGGACCGAGCCGGAGGUACGGUCGAG